AUGGACUUACCAAGAGUUCUAAUUGUGAGCACAGAAAAUGGUAAUAAAGCGUGUGCGAUAGCUAAAGAUUUAGAUUCACAGCUAAUGGGUGGUGAUAACGAUACUAAAUAUUUUUCUUGGAAUAUUGACAAUAAAUAUUAUUCAGCAAAAGUAGUAUUAUGUGCUACAGAGAAAUUACCAUUAGGAAUGCCAGUUGAUGGAGUCGAAGCAGGAGAAGAGCCAUUACAUUUGGAAGAGUACGUUUCACUGAUUCAGUCUCUCAGUGAGGCUGAUAUUUUUUUGCUGGCCUGUGAAGCUUUUCCUAAUGCACAUAGUAAAGAUCAAGUUAUUGAAUGGUGCCAUAUUCAUAAGUUUGAGUUAGUUGAAAUGACAAAUUUUGAUGCAACGUCGGAUUCAAUGGAUAAUGACUUGGAACCGGAAAAAUUUGGUAUUGAAAGACUUAUCGAAGCAUUGCAUACUCAUACUUGGCCUAAUCGAAUAUUGAAAGGUAUUCCUAAUGGUAGAAUUUCAACAUCAACUGAGCCAGAUGUAAAUGAAAUAAAAGAUCAGCUAGAAAAUAUUCAACUAAAUGCUUCACGUGAUGGUACAGAUAAUUUAUUGAUGAACAGUGUACUAGAUGGUAUUAUGGGAGAAGAAAAUACAGAUUUUGGUGAAUUAUUUGGCCAACUAAUGGCUAUGAAAGAACAUGCAGCUGCGUUAUCUCCAAGUAUUGAAGCAGAGUACAGUCCAAGUAUUGAAAAAUAA